UUAUUCGGUACAAGUUAGCAACUUAAGCGUUAGAGACUGUUACAAGACCUUUCGUGACAAUCGAUUCGCCGGGAACCGCCGUCACAAGAUUGUAAAGAGAGAGAGAGGUCAUGGAGCGAAACAACUAUCACUAUUCUACAGAGAAGAGAUCCAGAGCCGUAGAUCCGGGUUCAGGAUUCGGAUCUUCCAAAAGAGCGAAGACGCACCACGCGCAGCUGCUCUCUCCUCUGGUUGUUCCCGUGGGACACGCGUCGUUCCGAUUGCUCAGCCCAAUAUCGCAGGUCGGUGCGGUGAUUGGAAAAUCCGGAAGCGUGAUCAAACAGCUCCAACAGUCAACCGGAGCCAAGAUACGGGUCGAGGAGCCUCCGGUUGGGUCUCCGGAUCGGGUCAUCACGAUCAUAGCACAAGUGGAUUCAACCUCUAGGGUUAAGUUAGGUGUUGAUAGCAAUGGGAGCACAGAGGCUGAGAGGAAGGAGGAGGAUGAAGUUGAGGUAUCUAAAGCACAAGCAGCGUUGAUUCGUGUUUUCGAGAUUCUAGCGGCUGAAGCGGAUAGCAGUACGGUGGUGUGCCGUUUGUUGACGGAGUCUAGCCAUGCGGGGGCUGUGAUAGGCAAGGGUGGUCAAAUGGUGGGGCGUAUUAGGAAAGAAACUGGUUGCAAGAUUGCUAUACGGACUGAGAAUUUGCCUAUUUGCGCUGACCGUGAUGAUGAGAUGGUGGAGAUUGAAGGUAAUGUUAAUGCUGUGAAGAAAGCGCUUGUUUCUGUCUCCCGCUGCUUGCAAGAUUGCCAAGAUGUUAAGAAGAUAAGGACGGUGGGAAACAGACCUUUUGAGAAAGAGACCAUCCAAGAAUCUUCGCAUAGGCCCUUAGAAACAAUUAUUCAGGAGUCUCUUCUUCGUAGGUCGGUUGAAGAUUAUGAUUAUAGAACGAGAGGAGCUGAUAUGUUUCCUCGGGGUACUUUAGCUCGCCCCAGUGAUGUGAUUCCUCAUGAUGCUUUGCAUCAUAGGCAUAUUGAUGGGGUUUCUCAGGGUACUUUGCGCAGGCAUAUUGAGGAGGACCGUCAAGAUGCUUUACUCAGGCAGAUUGAAGCGGAACGGCAUGAUGCUUUACGCCGGCAUAUUGAUCUGGGUCCACGAGAAGUGUUAUACAGGCCUUCUGAUGGUGUCAGGGGAGAUGUUUUCCGACAGCACAGAGAGGUGGAUACUUCUUCUCAUGAUUCCUUGGGUAGACCUUACGAGAUGGUUCAACGUGAUGCUAUUAGGGGCAUGCAGUUUGAGCGUGAUGCUUUUGGGAGGACUAUUGAAACAAUCCCACAAGAAACUCUUCGUCGGCCAAGUGGAGAUUUUCUUGCUCAUCGUAGUUCCACUCUAGAUACUCAUCCUCACAGCAUUACGACCUCCGCUCUAAUGACUAACGCUGUCACCUUGAAACCACAUCAACCAGAAGUGGAAGCAGAGAACCAAGACGUAGUUUUUAAGAUACUUUGUUCCAUUGAAAAUGCUGGUGGAGUUAUUGGGACAGGGGGUAAAGUUAUAAGGACGCUUCAUAGCGAGUCAGGUGCCUUCAUAAGUGUGGGAAAUACAAUUGCUGACUGUGAAGAACGUUUAAUCACAGUUACUGCACCAGAGAGUCCUGACCGUCAAAGCUCGCCAGCCCAGAAAGCUAUUCUCCUUGUUUUUACUAGAUUAUUUGAGCUUGCCACUAAAAAAAUCGUAGACAAUGGCUCAAGGAUGUCUAUAACCGCACGACUUGUGGUCCCAACAAGUCAGAUUGGUUGUUUGCUUGGAAAAGGAGGUGCUGUAGUUUCGGAAAUGCGGAAAGCCACGGGGGCUGCCAUUCAAAUUUUGAAGGCUGAGCAGAAUCCAAAAUGUAUUUCAGAGAAUGAUCAAGUUGUGCAGAUUACAGGAGAGUUCCCCAAUGUAAGAGAAGCCAUUUUCCAUGUUACGAGCAGGCUGCGAGACAGUCUUUUCUCUAAAUCAAGGAAAAGUUCCGUAACCAAGAGCAACCCCACCUUAACUACAGAGAGAAUCCACCGCGGACAAUCAGAUAAUCCUCUGUCUGUUGGGUCUCAUCAGUCCUUUGGUCAUCCACCUACCAUCUCUACAAGUCUUAACAGAAGAUCUGAUGACUCCUUUUUAAGUGGGUCUCAGUUAUCAGCUAAUUAUUUGAGACCUGCUGGCACAGAUCCUUACACACGACCAGAAGACCCGGUUCCUGAUAGGUUUAAUCCAUCAGGUGGCUAUUCUCCUAAUUUUGGUCGGCGGUCCACUAUGGACCACAAUGAUAUCUCCCAUCACUUAACUGAGACUGCAUCUCGUAUGUGGGCCUCUCCGCCACCGGCAGCUCUGAGAGGUUUAUCUGAUGCUAAUGGUGGAUUAUCUUCUGCACGGCCUGGCCAUGUUCUUGGCAGUGGACACAAAUCUGCCAUCGUUACAAACACAACUGUGGAAAUUAGAGUUCCAGAAAAUGCUAUAAGCUUUGUGUACGGAGAGCAUGGCAACAAUCUGGAGCAACUGAGACAGAUAUCGGGUGCGAGGGUCAUAGUCCAUGAACCUCAACUAGGAACAAGUGACAGGAUCAUUGUCAUAUCAGGGACACCUGAUCAAACCCAGUCUGCUCAAAACCUCCUUCAUGCAUUCAUCCUUAAAGGUGAAACCUUAUUGUCCAAAAGAUACAACCUAAACUAGGACAAUACUGUUCUGCCAUACAGAAAACAAAACAAUAAAUGAGCUCACACUUGUUUCUUGUUAAGUACUUUUGUUUAAGCUUUUAUUUUCUGUGGUUUGGAUCUUUUGAACUCUUGUACACCAUCUUUUCAGUUUAAGUACUUUACAGAGUAAAGUCCGGUGAUUAUUCUUUUCAUUUUUAUCACACAUUAUUAGUUACCCAUAGACAUGGCAUAAAAACCGAGAACCAAAAAUAAACGAAAAAAAAAACUGAAUCCAGAACCAAACUAAGUUCCCAAAUAACCGGUGUCUUGUAUACUAAAAAACCUGACCGAGAACCGAAUAUCUAAAAAUAUUAAUUAUAUUUACUUUUAGAAUUACCAAGUGUGUUAAAAAUACUAAUUAUAAACCGAACUAACCAAAUAUUUUUUUAUCUAAAAUAUUUAAAAUUAGCAGAAAGUAAUGAUUUACCUAAAUAGUUUGCUAUUUUGAAUUUAUUUGAACUACUUGAUAUUAAACAUUACAAAAAAAAAACAACCCGAUAUUUAAUCCGGAAAAAUAAAAUAAAAUUUUAUUUUUGCACAAAUUAUCCUAAACUGGAACUGAAUUGGAACCAAAAUUUUAUUGGAUAUUAGCCGGUACUUAAAAAUUGAAAUAACUAAAUUGUUGCUAUUAGAACAAAAAGAAUGAACCGGAACCAAAAUCGAAUCGAAAACCGAAUGCUCAUGCCUAAUUAUCGUGUUGAAUUGAGAUUUGAUUGAACGGAGGAGCUAGAGAAAGAGUCAAUGAUGUAGAAACGGAGAUCUCAUGAACUAUGUAGUAGAAAAUCCUUGCAAGCUUGAGAAAAAAACAAUACAAAGACUGCAAUGGUGAAACUUUCUCGCACACAGAGCCGCGGUGUACUUUGCCGUUAUAUUCCCAGCUAUUUCAUCCUCUUUAGCUGUGAAAACGGUAGAACCCUUCACUCUAUUAUAGCUUCACGUUCUCACAAAUGUUUUGUUCAGCAAAACUGGAGUAAAAGAUGAAAUAUAAGUUUCUAAGCACUUUUCUAAUUCUGCGCUACUCACGGUUACUAAUCUAAUGAAUAGAAACGUAAUUGAGUU